ACAGGCUUUUGGAGGGGGGGCGUGGCAAUGAGGCAGCUGGACAUGGAGGGUUCGCUACUGAAAUGGACUAACUACCUGUCAGGCUGGCAGCCACGUUACUUUGUGCUGGACCGCGGCAUCUUGUCCUACUAUGAUUCACAGGAUGACGUUGGUAAAGGGAGCAAGGGCAGCAUUAAGAUGGCCGUGUGUGAAAUCCGAGUGCACCAGGCUGAUAGCUGCCGGAUGGAUCUUUAUAUACCAAAGGAGCAGUACUUCUACCUGCGAUCAGACAAUGCAGCCGACAGGCAGAGGUGGUUGGUGGCCCUAGGUUCGGCCAAAGCCUGCUUGGGGGACAGCGCAACUCAGAAAUCGAAAGAUGUGCUUCCAGAUAAUGAAAGUCUAAGUCGGAAGCUGUCAGAGCUGCGACUCUUCUGUGAUCUACUUAUGGGACAAGUGGCAGAAGUAAAGGAAGCAGUGACCACCGAUGAAGCGGCAUCUGUGCCAAAUAAGGAGAAACUCAACAUGGCGUGCUCCAACUUGCAGGGAACGUGCUCUUACAUCUGUUCUACUCUAGAUGACUGUAUAAAGUACGUCAACACCAACCUGCAUAAACAAGACCCUCCUCUGCCAGUUUUACCAGGAGAUGUGGUGGGCACCAAACUUCCCCAGAGUCGAAAGGUAAAGCGUUCUGUCAGUCAGCCUGUUGAGUCAACCCCUGCAAGGACUUCUAAUUUACCAAAGCAGGGUGAUGGGGUAACUGUGAUGAAGAACCUGGAGGAAUUGGCAAUGAGGUUACGUACCCAAGAACGGCAGUAUGUGCUGUCCAGUAAUGGAACAUCAGGAUAGCAAGUCCUAGUCCAUUACCUCAACAAGAAAUAUUGGGACAAAAUUCCAACAUCCCCCAUGUGAAAGAGAUACUAAGAAGAGCCACACAAGUCGAGGACAUUUUCUACAACUGAAGGUUUAUAGCUGUGUGUACACAGCACUAAGGGUGUGUGCAAUGCAACUGAUAAAACUGUAUAAUAUAUGACA